UUCUUCUUCACUCGCUCCGUCAGCUCCUGUGACUUACCAUAUCUCACUUCUCUCUCUCUCUCUGGUCACAGCCGCCAUGGCCACGGUGCUCGGCAACAUAGCUCUGUUGUUCGACCUGAACUCGCCUAGAGCUUCGAUUCCCGAUCGCAAGUCGCGUCCCUCGCUGCUCGACGUCGUCUCGAGCUUGACCAAGAGGGAGCCGCAGUUCACCUCCUACUACGCCGCCCCCGGUUCCAAGAGCUUCGAGGUGGAUGGGGACGCCCGGAGCCACCGGGCCGUUGUGGCUCGGGGCAAGGCUAAUUCGAAGGUGAACGGCGUCGAUUUCGACGCGGGGUCCAGCGACGAGGACAGCAACGGGAACGGCAACGGGAGCAACGGGAACGGCGAAGACGAGGAGGAGUUCGACUGGGAGAAGGAAAUGAGGAGGCGAGUGAAGGAGAUGGAAGAGAUGAAGGAGCUGGAGAGGAAGGCGGAGGAGUUGCAGACCCGGGCGGAGGAGGAGGGUGGAGAGGGCGAGGUUGGGGAGGAGACGGAGGAGGAGAAGAAAAUGAGAGUCAGAAAAGAGCUCGAAAAGGUGGCUAAAGAGCAGGCGGAGCGAAGAGCCACCGCCCAGCUGAUGUUUGAGUUGGGUCAAAAAGCUUACGGAAGAGGAAUGUAUGGAAGGGCGAUUGAGUUCCUAGAGGGUGCACUUACAAUCAUUCCUAGGCUAACAUUGUUUGGCGGUGAGAUUCAGAUAUGGCUUGCAAUGGCAUACGAGGCUAAUAAUCGUCAUAAAGAUUGUAUAGCACUUUACCAACAGCUGGAGAAGAAGCACCCUAGUGCUAGCAUUCGACGUCAAGCUGCAGAGCUCAAGUAUAUCCUUCAAGCACCUAAGUUGAAAAUUUCACAGGAGGAGAUGGUUACCAUUCCGCUUAUAGGAUCCAGCUAUGACAGUUAUGCAGCAACUUGGAGUGAUAAGUACAAAGACAAGGAUCAAAACACAAGUUAUCCGACAACCAACCAACUUCCUUCAUCCAGAGAUUUUCUGGGGGACUUUCUGGUCUGGCGGCCUCCGGUCGGACUAGAGAAAAAUAGGGCUUUCUGGGUAGCUUUGACAGUGUGGUUGGGCUUAGUUGGAGCCGCUAUAGUCCUUCAGAGAUGAAGCAGUGGGUAUAGCUCUCUAGUUGCUCGAAUACAUGUGUUAUCCCUGGGGGUCCUGAUAUGUAAUUAUCCGAUUGUUUUGUGGUCAAGCGGUGUCCAAUCUCACGUAAUAUAUAGUUUCCAGUUCUUGAAGAACUGUGUCGUCCACAUCCAAAUGCAAUUCUUGAAUUUGUUAUCAAUUGGCGCCUCGAAAUUAUGGGGGCGACAGUGGAUGCUGUCCGAUGUUCUAAAGUUUGUGUUGUAUUGUAUUGCCUAACGGGGUGAACGCUUUGUUUCUCU